AUGUCAGAAGCUGAUAAUAUGUAAGAUAAACAAUAAAAUAUAAUCGAAGAAAAAAUAACAAAAUCAAACGGAGACUAAAUAAUAAAAAAAUACAUAAAAGGUCGAAUAUUAGGGAAAGGAGGUUUCGCAAAAUGUUACGAAGUUACAAGUUUAGAUUCUAAAAAAGCAUUAGCGGCGAAAAUAAUUCCUAAAUAAACUUUAGUAAAGAACAGAGCUCGUUCCAAAUUAAUAUCCGAAAUAAAAAUUCACAAAAGUCUUUUUCAUUAUCAUGUAGUAUUAUUCGAACAUGUUUUCGAAGAUAGUGAAAACGUCUAUAUAUUAUUAGAAAUAUGCCCAAACAACACACUAAACGAAUAUAUGAAAAAACAAAAAAGACUAAACGAGUAAGAAGUAGUUACAUAUACACAUUAAAUUGUUAAGGUACUCAAAUAUUUACACUCAAAUAGAGUUAUACAUAGAGAUUUAAAACUAAGCAAUUUAUUUCUAAACAGCAAAAACGAAAUAAAAUUAGGAGAUUUUGGAUUAGCAACUAAACUAGAACAUAUGUCUGAAAAAAAACACACUAUAUGUGGUACUCCAAACUACAUAGCUCCUGAAAUUAUAGAUGGAAAAAACGGACAUUCUUUCCAAGUAGAUAUAUGGUCUUUAGGGGUAAUAAUUUAUACACUUUUAAUAGGAAAACCACCAUUUGAAACUCCUGAUGUCAAAACUACAUAUAAACGAAUAAAGUAGAAUUAAUAUAAUUUCCCAGAAAAUAUAUAUAUUACUGAUAAUGCUAAAGAUUUAAUAAAUAAAAUUUUAGUAUUAGACCCUUUACGCAGACCCACUUUAGAAGAAAUUGAAUAGCAUCCAUUUAUGAGUAUUUUAAAAUAAUAAUUAUAUUUAAAUUAGGUGUUAAUAAAUAAUAAUAGUAAUUCAUAUAAAUAAUUUCUUACAUAAUAGAAAAUAUUAACAAAUAGUGAUUUAAAAAUUGGGAAAAUUUAAACUAUAAAUAAGGCCUUAAACAUAAAGUAUUAAAAUUUAAUAACCAACAUAAAUAUAAUCUAUGAAAAACAUUACAAAUAAUAAUUUUCUAGUUUCGAAAAAUUAAAUAAGAAAAAUAGAAAAUAAUAAUAAUAAUAAUAAUAAUAAUAAUAAUAAUAAUAAUAAUAAUAAUAAUAAUAUAAAAAUUAUAAUAAUAAUAAUGUCUGCGUUAAUUUAUGGGUAGAUUAUUCAAGCAAGUAUGGCUUAGGAUAUUUACUUUCUAAUGGUAAUAAUGGAGUCAUUUUUAAUGAUUUAUCGAAGAUCAUAUUGGAUAAUAAUAGUAACAAUUUUGAGUAUAUUGAGAAUAAUGAUAAUAUUUAAGAAUAUAAUUUAAAAGAUUAUCCAUAAGAUUUGAAAAAAAAGUUACAUUGUUGA